GUCAGCCUUCUGCUGGGGGUUUAUCUUUUUUUUGCUGUCUUCGUAUACAAGAGCUUCAGUAAACUUUGAAAAACGGGAAAAACUAAUUUAAUUUAUUUAUUUAUAUUCAAAAUUUCCGUACCUUUUGAUUUCCGUGUCGGUCGUAGAAGUCGGAACUGAAGCCAAAGAACAGCACGUUGUUUCCGUUAGCGCGGCGCUCUGUUAACACGCGCUAGCUGCUUUAGCUUUGAAACGUUGUGACCUCGCUGUCAGGAUGCCAUGCCACAACCAGCAGCUGAACAGUGUCAGCAGUGGCCAGGAGCACCCGAUGAAGCAGGUUCGGUUUGCGAAUAACAGCAGCAGUGUACCUGCGGUGCUGAACAGCCCCGAACCGGGUGAUGUUCUUCCACAGCCUGUCAACCAGGACAGCCUGGGACCCCAGCUGAAGCUGCUACCUCUGAACGACCAGAUCCGGGAAUUACAGACUAUAAUCAGAGACAAGUCCACCAGCAGAGGAGAUUUUGUUUUCUGUGCCGAUCGACUGAUCAGACUAGUAGUUGAAGAAGGCUUGAACCAGCUUCCGUUUUCAGAGUGCACUGUCACCACUCCCACAGGAUACAAGUACGAAGGGGUAAAGUUCGAAAGAGGCAACUGUGGAGUUAGCAUCAUGAGAAGUGGGGAAGCCAUGGAGCAGGGUCUUCGGGAUUGCUGCCGCUCCAUCCGGAUCGGAAAGAUCCUCAUCCAGAGCGACGAGGAGACCCAGAAAGCGAAGGUCUAUUACGCAAAGUUUCCCCCGGAUGUGUACAGAAGAAAAGUGCUGCUCAUGUACCCCAUCCUCAGUACGGGGAACACGGUGAUCGAGGCUGUGAGGGUGCUGAUAGAACACGGAGUUCAACCCAAGCACAUUAUUCUCCUCAGCCUCUUCUCCACACCUCAUGGAGCUAAAUCCAUAGUCCAGGAGUUCCCAGACAUCACGAUCCUAACCACGGAGGUUCACCCGGUGGCUCCUACACAUUUUGGACAGAGAUACUUCGGCACCGACUAAAACCAGGACACAAUCAUGAUUAGCAAAGUGCUUGUGGUAUAUCUUCUUCAUCUCGGUGUCCUUGUGUCAUGCAAUUACUUUCACUGUUAAACUGACACCCGUUACUUGUAUUUAUUGCUUUUUUUUGCUUCGUAUGCUCACAUUGUAGAAUGAAAACCACAAAGAUUAAAACAUUGAUCAAUAAAGAAUUUAUAUUUGUUUACAGACAGAGCAAUACAUGGAGAUGUAUUGAGGUUUCUUUUUAGGUUUAAAGUGGUUAAAAAAGGGGGGAAGCACCAUUCACCAAAACAGUUAAAGAACAAACGAAUCAACAGAUUCUCUCUAAAAAAAAUAACAAUUCAAUCUCAUUUAUCACAAAAAGAACAGAAUAUCCAGACACUGCCUGCAGCAGGUAUAAAUCAGUGAACCAAUAUACAGGAAAAGAUUAACAAUAAAUAGACAUGACUAUACGAUAAUAUUAACAUUUGUCUUUAAACAUAGUACAGAAAAGACAUGAAUAAUUUAUGUGGAGCAGCAUUGGAUAUGUGUUAAGGAGCUGGGAAGCAUUUCAAAAUGUCCAGAUCCAACAGCAAAGUUUAAUAAAGGCCAAACGUAAUAAAUAAAUACGGUUUAGACACAGAAAUUAAGCCUAAUAUACAAGACAGGUUUUCAAAAAUAUUAAAAUAAUUCUGAGUGAAAAACAAAGUUAAAAAAAAAAUCAUAAUGUAAAAGGUCAUCAUCCUCUAACAGUCUGUGAGGACAACUUUAAUAAAUAUGUACAAUAAUUUGACAGGAUAUCUGAUAAGACAGAAGAUAAUCAUAACAGGCAUGUCCAAUAAACACACCCCAGUUUUUAGCCGACAGCGUUUAAGUCAUGAUAUACAGGAUAUUACUUCCCUCUAAAAUAA